AUGGCUUCAGCCUCCGGUCAUCCUCGUCCCUCUGGUCUCAGACUCUUCCAAGUCGAUGCCUUCACUCGCAGCGCCUUCGGUGGAAACCCUGCUGCCGUAUGCUUCCUCCCUCCUCCCAUCCACAAGGAGCAGGAGGAUGGGCGAACGUGGAGCAUCAGCGCAGGAGUUAUGAAGGCCAUAGCAGGGGAGAUGGCACUAUCGGAAACCGCCUUCCUCUCUCCCGCAAACCUCGACGAAUCAUUCGAAUCAGCUGAUCGCUUCUGCUUGCGAUGGUUCACCCCUACCCGAGAAGUCGAUCUCUGCGGUCAUGCAACGAUGGCUGCAGUAGCCGCAUUGACACGGGCAGGGAAUGCGAGCAAGAGCUUCUCCUUCAACACGUUGAGUGGCGAGUUGACAGCCGAAAUUUGUGAUGAUGGUCAGAUUGAGCUUGUGCUUCCUUGCAACGAGCCCUCGAAGGUACCGCAAGGAGCAGGAGCGCAGGUAUGCGUCGAGGAGAUCGCAGCUGUCUGUCUCGGAUCCACCGAAAGUUUGAGCAAAGUGAGAGAUGUAUCGAUUUCAGCAAGGGCGAAGAAGCUUCUGAUCGAGAUGGACUCCGCGAGAUUCUCAAGGGAUGACCUGGAGAAUCUUUUGGUACCCUCCUCCUCCUCUUUGCUUGCCGUCAAUCAAGAAGCUCUUUUGCCUGACCUCGAGGUCCGUGGCGUCAUGAUCUGCUUGCUCGGCACUGGUGAUCCCUAUGACUUCGUCUCUCGCUACUUCGCGCCAUGGAAUGGCAUCGCAGAGGACGCGGUGACAGGGGCUGCUCAUUCAGUUCUCGCUCCUUACUUCGCCGAGAAGCUCCAGCGGACGCAACUGAGAGCGCGGCAGUGCUCGCCGAGAGGAGGAGACCUGGACUUGGUGGUCGAGUGGGCAAGCAAAAAGGUCCGGAUCAGGGGCCAUGCCACAGUGGUGCUGGAGGGGCAGCUUUUCCUCUAG